UGCUUUGCUAAAAUAAAAAAUACAAAGAGGAGUAAUUUCCGAUUGCAAAUAAAAGGAGAAAUAUCCUCGAAGUGUGCUCUCAGAGAUUUAACAGUCACAAAUCUAGUCUCUGCAUCUUUAAAAUCCUAAAACUAAUACAGGAUAGGAAAGGAAGUGAAUAACGUGUACGAAGCAAAAAAUCGAAAACAGUGCUGCCUUGUAGGAUCUAAAGGAAAAAAAAUAAUAAUUUCGACGGAAUAGAGGACGAAGAUAGCGCAAGAACGAGAUGAAGAGAGAGAAAGAGAGAGAGAGAGAGAGAGAGACUGCACUCGAACGAGAGAGAGAGAGAGAGUAAGCGAGGGAAGGACAGAAAAUACCGUGUGAGACGUUGGAACGUUGCAAAGUAUAAGGCAACGUGGCGAGCACGACUGCACUGGCGAUGAGGCGAACGGACCGUCGGACGGACGGAGCACGCCGGGUAUACGAGCGAGCGAGCGAGCGAGAGAUGCGUCGAAGCCCAAGUGUGGGAAGAGAGCUCGUAGUAUCGGCGAAAAGGAAGAUCGGAGCGAGAGGAGAACUGAUGGAGAAAGAGACCCAUUCAUCUUGGCGCGCCUAGCGUGGCCACGAUUGGUCCGCGACGAGCGCGGCCGCGCCGCGAUUGGACGGCGCUCUGUUUACCAGCUGGUACCCCGGCGCGCUCGAGACUCGCGCGAAGAGAGGGGGGAACGGAACGGGAGAGACAAGCGGCGCCAUUAUUGUAAGGGGUUACAUUUAGCUCGCCGUGGGUUGUAGUACGCGGCGUUCGGGAUAGGGGGCUAUAGUACCUUCAUGCAUGGCCCAUAAAGGAUUCGUCGACUAUCCGAGAAGUACGCAAGAAACGGCUUCUAACACCUGACAGGGGCCACGCUCUUCUCUUCUCUCUCCUCGUGCCGUCGCCGGGUUCUCAUCGUCGCCCAAUUUCCGAGUUGGGACUACGAGUUGGGUCGUCCGGGGUGGGUCCGAUCGCGAGGAAGGACCCGCUGCUUUAUCGCCGAUUGUUAUUCCGAUAAAACCGGGGGUGGAUUCGUAAUCGGGAGGGCGCGCGAUUACGAUAGCGAAGGUAGGCGAGGGUCGAAAUUUUCGUACGCGAGGAUCCGCGAACGUCUCGCGGCUCUUCCGACCCCGAGAGAGAGAUCGAGAGGAGGGACAUGUCAUUUGCCAUCGCGGACGGUCGGUGAUUCGUGGUCCAGUCGUAUCCCAGUGACCGCGUGCGACCCGUUGCCGCCGCGUUCGGUAUUGUUGUUGUGAUAAUGUGCCGAGUUGCAUAAGUGGUACCGGAAAAAGUGGACGUCGCCGGAUAGGCAAGGAGAAUUGUGGACGGGUCGCGGGGAGAGCGACCGAAGCGAGGCGUCUCGUUGGAGCGGGCGGCGAAGAAGAGGAAGAAUAAAGUGCAUCUCGUUUCCUCGAUCGAAAAGGAACCUAACGAAAGGAGCGCAGGGUGUCGCGAUCCGCGCGGGAUCCCGGGGUACGCGAUGAGGCAGCAGCAGCCGAUGGACGCGUCGUCGUCGCGGUGUCGGUGUUGAGACACUCGUCCCGGCGCGGGCGUGUCACCGGCAUCGGGUCCGCAUCGGCACCGACAGCGGCGAUAUGAGUACGAAAUUCAUAAUUGAUAGUAUGCUACCUGCCAAGUACCAACAGUUUCAUCCGCAACAGUUGUUCUCAAGCGCGAAUCCCGGUACCAUCCAGUGCACGACGAGUCCGGCCACCGCCAGUCUAGAAUCGAGCCUAUCCGCGGCUGCAGUAGCGGCCGCGGCUGUCAAUUACGCGCAACAGCACAACUCGCCGAGCCCGACGGGUUCGAGUCCCCAGCACUCGGGUAGCUCCGCUUCCACGUCACCGGCGGCGCGCACCACCUCCGGCAUGUAUCCCUACGUAUCCGCCGCCGCGGCGCAUCAUCAUCAUCAGCAGCAGCAAGCGGUCGCGGCCGCCGCGUUCGGCGCCACGUCCAGCAUGGUGCCCGGCUUCGGUUCCACGGCGGCGUCCAGCGCUGCCCUGGCAGCCGCCGCCGCCGUCGACGCCGCCACCGCCGGCGACAAGUCCUGCCGUUACACGGCCAGCCUAACCGGCAACGUGGCACCCGCCUCGGCCGAUCCCAUGGUCAACUAUACCCUGGGCCACCAUCAUCAGAACGGCGCUACGCCCGGUAGCCUCGUCUCCUCCGCGUCCGCUUCCUCGGCCGUGUCCGCCGCCUCGGCCUCCAUGGCAGCGGCCGCGCAGUUUUAUCAUCAGGCGGCCGCCGCAUCGGCCGUCGUCGAUCCCUUGACGUCCUGCCAACAACCCACCACCGGCCAACCCGGGAUCUCGGACAUACCCCGGUAUCCGUGGAUGUCCAUCACCGAUUGGAUGAGUCCAUUUGACAGAGUCGUGUGCGGUCCGAAUGGCUGUCCGAGGCGCAGAGGCCGGCAAACGUACACGCGAUUCCAAACCUUGGAAUUAGAAAAGGAAUUUCACUUUAACCACUAUCUGACGCGACGACGACGAAUAGAGAUCGCGCAUGCACUCUGCCUGACAGAACGGCAAAUCAAAAUUUGGUUCCAAAAUCGGCGAAUGAAGCUGAAAAAGGAGUUGAGGGCGGUUAAAGAGAUCAACGAGCAGGCCAGACGCGAGCGCGAGGAGCAAGACAUGAUGAAGAAACAGCAGGCGGAGAAACAGGCCAAGUUGCAGCAGGAGCAGCAGAGCGCUGCCCUUCAGCAUCAGCAGCAGCAUCACGUAAGCGGCCUGGAAAAGACGCAAAGCGAUCUUCUGAAGGCAGUCAGUAAGGUACCCACAUAGGAUACCUUACUGAGCCGACUCUCUUUCUUUUAAGGAAGACACAAGAGACUGGGGCGGCCUGGACGAAGACUCCGAAGCGAAGUAGUUGGUAAGCUCGGCUACGUAAGAAGACGAUCCCGAGUUCUCUUCGUCUCACCUUUGCAUGCGAGAAACAGGUACGGAACAUCCGCUGCAAGAGAUUUUUGCGAUCUUCUCCGAUGAAGCCGAUGAGUUCGCAAAUAGAGAAGCUUGCGGUCACCGGUCUUACGUCGAGGCGAGAAGAUGGCGAAAAUUUAAGAGACCUGGAAGAUACACGGAGCACGCAGUCUUCUACGAGCAGGGAAAGGUAUGAAUGCCUUGCUGAGUCGGUUCUCCCUUUUGUUUUUUACUCAAGAAACUAAAAUUACGUAGACAUUACAGUAGAGAAAGAACUCUGAAAGCAAAAAAUGAAUGCACCCUAUCCCCCAGCUACGUACUUACUUGGCUAGCCCCCGGAGCGAAGUCGCCUCGGGGUUCAGCCUGUGACUGAUUCCUAGAACGUAUAAUGUAUAUUGUUAAUCGGGUGCUACACAAUGAGCCAUAAUUAACGUACGAAUUGGCGUGAUACUGCCAUGGAGAGAGCCAAUUAUUAUGUCGAGGCGGUGAGUAGACUAGUUAAAUGGGCCGAAAUGAACUGAAGGAUUAAUGGUCGUAUGGCCAACCGAAUUAUCAACUACGACGAUACUGAUUAAUCGAGUUAAUUGGUCGAAUCUUGAAAGAAGGAAGUAAUUUAACCAGCACAAGCGAACAUCCUAGCAUCCAAUUGUAUGACGAUGAAGAGAGUGUAUGAAUGAAGAUUUAGCUGACCUUCGAGCCAUCGCUUACGUGCGAAUUUCCGAGUUCAGCUACAUCUUCUCCUGUUGUAUUAGAGCACAUCGUCGUCCCGGAGGAAGAAAACGAUGAUGCGACUUCGAAGAAACAGUCUUGUCGUUCUCGAUGUUGAGAUGUUUCAUCUUCAACGUCACGCGAACGUUUUGCUUCCUUUGCGUACGAUCGUUAAUGAAAAUUAAUAGAGGCGUAAAACUCGCGACCUUCUCGUGAAAACAACGAAUAUCUCUCGCGCGAUUGCGGACAAGUAUUUAUGAUAUCCUCUUCCGAUAUCGGGCUCAAAUUAUAAAUGGCAUGUACAACUUAUUUGUUUAUACGCCCAUUUGAUCAACGAGCGACAGAAUCCAUUAUUUUUUUUUUGUUAUAGUUAUUUUUUGAUGCAGUAUUUGUGUCUUUUUAAACGAGUUAGCUUUCAUUCUUAUUGAAUAAGAUAUAUUUGCAACUUUUUUUUUAUCUAUAACAGGCUUUUUAUCUACGAAUCAGGAAGGAGCAAGAACAGGCAAAGCCUGCCUCUUGUAACUUUUUUGC